AAGACUUGAGUUGCUGUCAGUACUCAGGUUGCAACCACAUCAAUUUCGUGAGAGACGACACCAUUGGCUUUGCUAUCUGCUUUGGUGUCUGGAUCUCGCUUCCCCGUCAAAAACCAUGAACUCCGCCGCGGAUUUCCCUCCGUUCCAGCAGCGGUUGACCUCGUCGCUGGUGCAAGUGACGCGCACCGUCGGCCAGCUCUCCGCCGAAGAUGUCGAUUUCCACCGCUCCUCGAACGCGGAGGUAUCGGAGUCGCUGGAUGAGCAGAGCAACCGGCUCCUGUCGCUGACCUCGUCGCUGCUGAAGGCGGCGACCUCCGGCACGGAUAUCUCCGCGCCGGCGCUGGAGGACGACGAUGCCCUCGAGGACAACUGGCGCGGCGUCGUGGACGUGAUCGAUGCGCUCCUGGAGAAGGCGGACGCCUGCCUGGACGAAUUCACCGGGGUCAUCAAGAAGCUGAGCCCCUCGCAGCAAGACCAGGCUGCCGCCGCCGCCGCCGCCAAAGCCGCGAAGACCAAGGCCGCCGCCCGUUUCCCUACCGUCUACGACUACGGCCCGUCCAAGAUCCCUAAGCCCCAGCUGCUGUUCGAUCACCUGCCUGAUAACACCGAUACCUCGCCGUUCAAGCCGCUGCUGAAAUCCAAGCCCCACGCCCUGGUGCCGCUGGAGGAGUCGUUGGAGUUGAGUGAGACCGGCGCGCCCGGGUAUGUGCAUCCCUACGAACCGGAGAUUCGCGCCGCCAAGUUCCCCGAUUCGACCUAUGCGGUGGCGCCGCCCGUGGAUUAUCAGCCGUGGGAGUCGACGACCGCGACGUUCGUGGAUACCUUCGAAGGGGUGCGAGAGAUGCUCGAGGAGCUCAAGGCUGCGCGGGAGAUUGCGAUUGAUUUGGAACAUCACGAUGUGCACUCGUAUCAGGGUCUGGUUUCGUUGAUGCAGAUCAGCACGAGGGACAAGGACUGGGUGGUUGACACCCUCAAGCCGUGGAGAGAGGAGCUUCAGGUGUUGAACGAGGUUUUUGCCGACCCGAAGAUCCUGAAGGUCCUCCAUGGUUCCUCGAUGGAUAUGAUCUGGCUCCAGCGUGAUCUGGGCUUGUAUGUUGUCAACAUGUUCGAUACGUAUCACGCCGCCUGCGCGUUGAACUACCCGAAGCGCAGUCUCAAGUUCCUGCUGCAGAAAUUCGUCAACUUCGAAGCCGACAAGAAAUAUCAAAUGGCCGACUGGAGAAUCCGCCCGAUCCCCGAGGGCAUGUUCGACUACGCCCGCUCAGAUACUCACUAUCUUCUUUACGUGUACGACCACAUCCGCAACGAGCUCGUCGAGAACUCCACCCCUGAUAACAACCUGGUCGACUACGUCCAGGAGCAGUCUAAGAAGGAGGCUCUGCAGAUUUACGAGCGUCCUGUCUACGACGCGGCCACCGGACAGGGACCCGGCGGCUGGUACGAUAUGCUAUCUCGCAAUCAGAUCGUUAUCAAUAAGGAGCAGUUUGCCGUCUUCAAGGCGGUGCAUCAGUGGCGCGACGAGGUGGCGCGCGAGGAGGAUGAGGGCGUGCAGUGCGUGUUUCCGAAGCACGUUCUCUUCAGGGUGGCUCAGGCCAUGCCGACGGACCUGGGCACUCUGUACCGGACCCUGUCGCCUAUAACGCCGAUCGUCAAGGACCGGGCUGGAGACCUGCUGGACGUCAUCAUAGCGGCCAAGCUUGAGGGCGCCGACGGACCGGAGUGGCGCGACGUCUAUGUCAAGCCUACCAAGAGCACACCGGCAGCCACCUCCUCCGCCGAAGGAGUGGCAAGCUUCUUGCCCGAGCCCGUGGGAGAUGACACGGAUCUCCCCACGGUGGCCCGCUAUGAGGUCUCCCAAUUCUGGGGCGGCGUGCUCGACACGCAGACCUCACUCCCGUCCCCCAAAAUCUCAGCGGUUGCCUCUGCCGAAGCGCUCCGUCUUUCACUUCCCUUGCCACCCAUGCCCCGCACAGUCUCCGAAGCCCGCGAGAAGCUCGGCGUCUCCGCCCCUCCCAAGCCAGCCGUGGCCUCAGCCCCGCCAGCAGCAGCCCCGAAGCCAGAAGCCGAGGCGAGCGACAACGACAACAAGUACUUCACCAUCAAGGAGAAGGGCGGCCCGCGCAAGCGCAAGGUCACCCCCGUCGAGCCGCAAUCCGAAGCAGAGGGAGUCAACAUCGACAUCAGCUCCUCCGCACCGGACCUAGACCUGGACUUGAACGACAAGCCAUCGAAGAAGCAACGACGCAAGGAGAAGAAGAACAAGGACAAGGCCGCCUCGCAGACCCCGCAGGCUCAGCAAAAACCCGCAGAGGACGAAGCGCCGUUCGACUACGAAGCUGCCGCUUCCAUGCUGAACGCCAACCCCGCCGAGCAGGCUUCGAGACCGUCGAGACGGAAGCCUUUCAACCCGUACGCCAAGGCGCUUGAGGCCCCGUCUGGGGUGCGCAAGCAGAAGCGCGAGAUGGCCGGACGGACCGCUACUUUCCGGUGAUUUUUUUGGGGGGGAGAAUAGUGCACGAGAAACAAAAGUUUUUAAAUGUGGAUGGUGGGGGGAUGGGGGGUAAACUAGAUUCUAUUGUAUGCAUAGCGAUACC